AUUACACAUCAAACUAGAUGUUUUCAAAUUUAAUGAUAUCGUAUAGCUAAUAAAUGGUCACUUUAUAUCCUAGAUCCGACGGUUAUGUAUUGCGACGUCUUCCUAAUAGGUCGAUUUUGAUGGAAGUACUUACCCACCUGGGCACGUACGAUUCCAACCCAAGAAUAUCAUUCAGAUACUCAAUAUGCCUGCUUUCAAGAUAGUUUUGGAUGCAAUCGUUGACGCCUUUGAGUCCCAAGACUACAAGAGAGAGAUUCUACACAUCUCAGGUCCCAUCGACGCCCGCAACAUCGUCGACACCGAAUCUGCGCCGCGCGUCAACCUCGCCGGGCGAAACAGCCUUGGCGAAGGACCUUGUGGUGUUCCCCAGUAUAAUUACGAUCUUUGUGGGAAGUCACUGCAUAGUGUAACUAUCAAGAGUUCCUCUCCAGGGCCAGGAGGUAAGUUUCCUUCAAGCAUAACAUAGCGUAUUGGUUUUGGAAAUGCUCAUAUUGUCCCCAGAGGCUCAGUAUGACAAUGUCCCGCCUACCUGCAUGGUUCUCUCUACGGUUCUAGCAGGGAAAUGCGAUACG